GAGCCGAGCUUGAUCAUGCUCGGCUCGGUUGAACUGAGCUGAGCGAGCCGAGGUUUUGAAAACCGCUGCUCGACUCACCUCUAAUACAUACUUCAUCGUCGUUCAAUUAUUCAUUCCUGGCAAAUAUAUAGACAUGUACGAUACAGCAUUAUUAUGACACGGCAGUACAUCGUAAGAUAAGCAUAAUAGCAGUUCUUGCAACUCCUCACACAAAAUAAGAUUUUUGCAAACAAGUAGCUCGUUUCAUUAUGUGCAUAUGUACACAUUGCUUACAUGGUCAGUCACUAAAUAAAACACCAAAUGUGCAAAAUUGUAAUAAUAUCUAUGCAAAAGUAGUCGUAACAAGACACGCGUUCGCUUGCUUUGUAAUUGUAAAUAUGCAGGACUCGUUAAACUAAAUGUUAUAUGUUCCUCACUAUAAUAACACAGCAGUGUCCCUUGUUUUCCGUCGUGGUCAUUAAUUCGGCAAGAAUAUGCUAUUUUCCUUCUCAUUUUAUCGCAUUUCCUACAGAAGAGGACUAAUAAGGGGGUCACAUUUGUACAUCAACUAGCCAUACAACAAGUGGUAUUGAUUGGAAAUUGGUCACUAUUUAACGAUGCAGUACAUUUGCUUUUACAACUUUCCGAAUUAAUUGCUGCAUACGUUUAUUAUUGCGAGUCGUGGGAAUAUUACGUCCAAUAAAAUAGUUCUCUCAUCUGUGUAACAAACUACCCCUGAAGCAAUGAAUGGUUUAUUGUCCUUUAGUCGACGACGAUUCAGUUGGGCUGUGGACUGGACGUGUUGUUUUUGCCAUGUCUUCCAGUCCAGCAGUCUCCUUUUUUUAUGGCCAAGAUUCUGCACGUACACUGACUGCAAUAAGAUCACUACUCGUGAUACAGACUUGACAAGCGUGUGUUAUCACUCGUCAGAAUCACGUAUAAAAAUUAUCCUGACCGUGGAACAAAAUAUUUAAGCAGCUUCGUCUCAUUAUCGGGAUGAAUGGAACCCAUAAAUAUAAAUAGCCAGUCAGUUGAAGUAUGUUAAAUAGGAAAAGAUGCCGAGAUGAGAUGUCGAGAUUGUGGUCACUGGCUGGCUGUCAAUUCUUCUCUGAUUUCGUCAUGACUAAUAUAACCAAGUAGGAAGCUCGAUUCAAAAAACAACACGGCCAUUUAGUCAUGUCAUCGUACAUGCAGUAGUUCGACAGCCUUCAUCUCAUUGCAUCGUCGUACUUAAGCAUUAAUUUUUGUUUGUUAACCUCGCAAAAAAUUUAUUCGACUUAAUUUAGAACAAAAAAUUGUAAAAUAAUGCGAGAACGGACAUUUGCCUCGAGUGUGGUGCGGGUAUUGUCGCGAGUCUUGCCGCCGUCACCCCCACGACGAAACGGGAACAAUAACAGUGAUAACAAUAACAAUGGUGGGGACACUUUUGCGGUCGAAUUAUUGUGCGAGUUCACCUUGUCCCUUGGACAGGGUGGUGGCAGCGGUGAAGGUCUUCGGGUCGAAGGGGGAAGCAAAUCGGUCGAGCAAGAAGGUGGUGCAGCCGGCGGACGUGGUGGUGACAUGUCGAACGUUUUGGAGGACACAGAACAUGAAGUAUUUCAUCAGGAGGACCUCCCUUUGGACGGGUUUCCUGUGAUGGAACAAAUUCGAAAUGAAGGGCUCCUCUGCGAUAUCAAGUUAAAGGUGGACGAAUCAGUCAUCCAGGCGCAUCGGAUCGUUCUGGCGGCCACAAUUCCUUACUUUCACGCCAUGUUUACGAAUGAUAUGAUCGAGUCAAAGCAGAACGAAGUCACGUUGAAAGGAUUGGAUCCUGAUGCGGUGGAACAAUUAAUCAAUUUCGCUUACACUGGACGUAUCACGAUCAAUGUGAACAAUGUUCAAAGUAUUAUGCUCUCCUCGUCGUUCCUACAAAUAAACAAGGUUAAGGAUGCGUGUGCUAAAUUCCUCGGCAAAAGAUUAACGCCGGAUAAUGUCGUGGGGAUCCGAGCUUUUGCCGAUACUUUGAACUGCUCGAGCGUUGUGAAAGAAUCUGACCGAUUUAUACAAAAACAUUUUUUGGAUGUGUCCAAGUCUGAGGAGUUCAGCCAAUUGGGAAUUUCAGAUAUUAUCAACAUUCUCAGUAGGGAUGAGCUUGCUGUAGACUCAGAAGAGCAGGUAUUUAACGUGAUGAUAAAAUGGGUCAAGAAGGACACUCAAAUAAGAUGCAUUCACCUUCCGGAACUCUUGCAAUGUGUGAGAAUGCCACUCCUCACACCGCAAUUCAUUACGGAUUACGUCGCGUCGGAAAUUUUAGUCAGGAGCUCACACCCGUGCCGGGACCUAAUUGACGAAGCUAGAGACUACUUUCUCAUCCCGGAACGGAGGCCUCUCAGCAAAACGUUUCGAAUCCGGCCGAGGUGCUUUGACGACACCGUAGGAUACAUGUUUGUCGUUGGAGGGUUGACCAAAACAGGAGACUCGGUUUCCACAGUGGAAAUCUUUGACCCAAUCCAGGAGCAAUGGCGGAUUGCGGAAGCCAUCACAAUGCAACGAAGCCGAGUUGGUGUAGCCGUCAUGAAAAAGAAGCUCUUUGCCAUCGGGGGCUUCAACGGGACGGAGAGACUCUCCACGGUGGAAAUGUAUGACUCCGUGACAAAAACGUGGAGUAAGAUUGCGUCCAUGAGGUGCAAGAGGAGUGCUGUCGGUUGUGCCGCUUUAAAUGAUAAAUUAUACACUGCCGGUGGCUACGAUGGGAACUCCAGUCUCAAUACCGUAGAGUGCUUCUACCCCGAAAGGGGAGAUUGGUUCAUGAUUACACCGAUGAUGAAGCACCGCAGUGCCGCCGGCGUCGUGGCAUUUCAAGGUUUCAUGUAUGCCAUCGGGGGUCACGACGGAUUGUCCAUAUUCGACUCGGCUGAACGAUUCGACCCCUCGAUAUCUGCCUGGCAUCCGAUCGCAUCAAUGAAUACAAAGAGGUGUCGAUUGGGAGCUGCAGUGAUUGGAGAUAAACUCUAUGUCGCCGGAGGGUAUGAUGGGGCCACGUUUCUACGCUCAGUGGAGGUCUAUGAUCCAAUUACCGAUGUCUGGACUGAGUGCAGCCCCAUGAAAAUGAUGCGAUCUCGUGUCGCCCUCGUCGCCAAUAUGGACAAGUUGUGGGCCAUCGGGGGUUACGACGGGGUCACAAACCUCUCCAGUGUCGAGUGCUAUGAUCCCGCGAAGAACGAGUGGACCGACGCACCACCCAUGUGUGCACAUGAAGGAGGCGUUGGCGUUGGCGUCAUUCCACUUGAUUGCGUCUAACAACUAGUUUUAUACAAAACCCUCAAUUAUUUUUGUUAUCCAGUGAACGAGUGAGUGAGGUCACCUAUCAUGAUCAAUUCUUCGCAAGUCUACCAUUUUUUUUAUUUCUCUUCAAGAAAAAAGAACUGAACCAUCAGCUGUGAUUUUGUUAAAUGCUAAAUUCCAUACUGUACAAGAAUGUACAUCAUGUCGCCAAAUUCCUUAUCAUCUCUCUCCUCGAUUUUAAUUUUAUGUACCCCUUUCUCCCACCACUUGUCGUCGUUUUAUGCAUGCGUGGAAAAUAGUAUGCCAUGAUUCUUGUUUAAUUUUAUGUGAUUAUGAGAAUAAAGUGAAUUUUAAAGAAAAA